GUCACAUUGAACAAUUUUGGACCGGCGAGAAGAAAGUCAAAACGGGUUUGGAGCAAGUAAAGGCACAUGAUGAUAUUUUCUUGAUGGUUAUCAACGGCUAAAGGACUGUCAACCAUGUUUCUUCCGAGAGUGGUUUCACGACUGAACCUGCUUUCCAAAGUGUCCAGCCCAUUGCAGACACAGAGCCAGGUAUUAACCAGUGCUGUGCAACACUGUCAUUUCACCCCUUUUAGAGCACUUCACCAUACAAACAGGUGCUUCACUUCUGCUGCUGACAACACACUUCCACCCAAACUAUGGACUCCUCUUGAACCUGAGUUAGAGGAGGUACUUGUGCCCCGCAAACUAUCAGUUUCACCCUUAGAAAGCUGGCUUUCCCUGCGCUACUCUCUACCUCCACUGCUGGAGGUUUCACCACCUCUGGACGAAGGGGAGAUUGUAGGAAAAUCCAUGGUUCUGCCCUCAAGUUCUGUACCAUUACUAGAGGAUGGAGAACAUGUAACACCACUGAAUUGCAAGAACGUUUUGGAUAUCCGACGGAGGAAGAUGAACAGGCACAAAUACAAGAAGCUGCAAAAACGGACCAAGUUUCUGAGGAAGAGAGUGAGGGACGCCAGGAGGAAGAAUAAACAGGAAAGAUUUGAGAAAGAUCUUGAGAGAAUUCUUAGACGAGCUGGACUGAAGAAAGCCCCAGAGGGAUGCACAGUGCCCAAAAUCUAUGUCAGAGUGGGUCGGUCUAAAUGAGAUGAAUCUGUAACUUUAAUAUUUUUGACUUGUCUUUUCAUAAUACAAUUUAGUGGACUACUUACUGUUUCAGUCCUAUACAAUCAUUUGAAUGAGCAUACAGUGAUUGUUACUGUAAUAAAACACCUUACCACUUA